UCAAGCCUCAAAGUAACACAAAAAAUAAUCUGUUUGCUUUUUCAUGGCGUCUGAAGAAACCAUAAACCCAAUUCCCAAAAUUGAGGGUGAAGAUGAUGAAGAAAUUGCCCCCCAAAUGACCCACAAGAGAUGCAUUGAAUUGCCCCAAAACCUUCCCAGAGAUAAAGGCUGGAUGACUGAACAUCUUGUUCUUUACCAAGGCUUCUGGCUUACCCCUGACUCUGCCCUCAAGGCCGUCAUCUCCAUCCAAAAUCGCUUCUACCCUCGACCCUCUGAUAUCUUCCUUGCUUCUUCUCCCAAAACCGGCACCACGUGGCUUAAAGCACUCAUCUUUGCUACCCUAAACAGAACCUGCUAUGACUUCUCAACACACCCUUUACUAGUCCAUAAUCCCCAUGACUGUGUUCCUUUAUUGGACACCUUCAUUCAUCAGAAUGAUCUUGAAUCAUGGCCUUCGCCACGCUUUUUGUCAACUCACAUGCCUUACACUCUGUUGCCCUGUUCCAUGACUUGUGCAAGUUCAGGGUGCAAGUUGGUUUACGUCUGCCGCAAUCCAAAAGACGUGCUGGUUUCCAAGUGGAAAUUCAUGAACAAGUUAAGGCCAAAGCAUCUGCCACCCCUUUCACUUGACGAAGCAUUUAAGCUGUUUUGUGAAGGGGUGUCACAUUACGGACCUUACUGGGACCAUGUGUUGGGGUACUGGAAAGCAAGCUUGGAAAACCCUGAAAAAAUAUUGUUCUUGAAGUACGAGGACCUGAAGAGGGAGCCAUUGGAAGGCGUCAAGAGACUAGCUGAGUUCCUCGGAAAGCCUUUCUUGGUGGAAGAGGAGAAGGCAGGGAUGGUGCAGGGGAUUGUGAGGCUGUGCAGCUUUGAGAAUUUGAGGAAUUUAGAGGUGAACAAAAGGGAUGUGAUAAGGUUUAGCAAGGACAUUGUCGUGGAAAACAGGAACUUCUUCAGAAAAGGCAACGUUGGUGAUUCAGAGAAUUAUUUGACUGCUGAGAUGAUGCAACUUCUGGAUGAAAUAACGAAGAAGAAAUUCUUUAGUUCUCGGUUGAUAUUUGGAGCUUAACUUUUAUUGGGUUUCAUAUCUACUGAAGUUUGAAAUUUAAAUCUGUAAUUAGAAGUAUAUGUAAAUUUAUCAUCUACCAUGUUAUAUGAUUGAUGGUAGUUUGGGGCUUAAUUGUUAGUAUUGGGUUGAUCCCUCCCAUAGAAGAAAAUAUUUGGUAUGACAGAAAUAGAAUUUCUGUGUAACU